AUGGCGGCCGCGGGCACCGCGGCCGUGGUCUGGCUGCACGGCUUCGGGGACGGCCCCGAGGACUGGGCGGCGGGCAUGCGCCCGGGUCGCCGCCGCCACGGCGGCUGGAAGUGGGUGCACCUGAGGGCGCCCGAGCUGCCCCAGACGUGCUACGGAGGCUCGAAGGUGCAAGGGUGGGGCGACUACCUCGAGGAGGGCUGCACGGACGUCGGGUCGGAGGACUACGACAGCGAGGCGAUCGUCUCAGACACCACGGUCACCGAGGUGCACCGGGUCCUCCGGGAGCUUGAGGCCGCUGACGGGGUCCCCCCCGAGCGAGUGGUGCUCGGAGGCUUCUCCAUGGGCGCCACCGCGGCCGCGGAGUGCGCGCUGCGGUACCCGCGGCGCCUCGGGGGCCUGUGCAUGCUGAACGGCUGGCUGACCCCGGCGGCCCGCGCCGCGCUGGGCGGGCGGGGCCGCGCGGAGGAGCUGCCCGUUCUGAUCAGUCACGGCUCCGCCGACGAGCAGGUGAGCCUCGGCUGCGGGCGGGAGGCGGCGAGGCUGCUUGCGGAGGCGGGGGCGCGCGUGCAGCUCCGCGUGCACGAGGGGCAGGCGCACGUGGCGUCCGGCUUCGGCCCCGGCAAGGAGCCGCGGGUGAAGAGCGGCACUGGUGUUAGCUCAGCUUGCUGCCGCUGCCCCGGGCGCGUGCUGGACAGCCUCGGGGGCCGGUGGAGCUGCGAGGACGGCACGGACCAGAUCUUGCACUACAGUCAGGUCCCGCCCUGCGGCUCAGAAGCAGCCGCGGACGGCAAGCGGAGGGGCCACGGCCUCUGGAACUCGCAGGUCGAGGGCCCAUGCUACCGGGGCAAGCGGUGCCAGGGGUCCCUGCAGCAGCUGGGGGAAGACCUGAGCGUGCCCACCUGUGCAAAGGGGCAGCGCCCGGCGGACGCGGCCAGCGGGGUCGCGAUCACUCACACGGUGGGGGCGUCCGCCUGCAACGAGGAUAGAUGA